AUGGAAACACCGUAUUUUUCUAAUUUAAACUUUGAAUUUCCAGAUCCAGACAAUGUAACAAUGGAUACUGAACGCAAAAUUAAGACAUAUUUAAAAAAGCAUUCUAUAAAUUUUCCAGUAGAAAAAGAUAUAGAGCGAUAUUCCGAUAGAUAUAACGAAUCAAUUUUUACAGAUUUAGAAAAAAUUAAAAGUUAUUUAUAUCCCGAAAUUAUGUCGCCAGAAAUCUGCGACUUCUUCCAGUUUAAUUUACAAUCUGAAGUUGACGAGGUUGAUAAGGAGAAUAUUUCUGACUUAGAAUGGGAUGAUGAAAAUGAAUGUGAAACAAUAAAUAGUUCUGAAGAUGGAGAUUAUAAAAUCACAGGUGAAGAUGAUGAAGACUCAAAAUCAAGUGAACAAGACAAUGGAGAUGUUAUUUAA